AUGGGUAAAUUAAAGAAGAAGUCUAGAUCAUCAAGACAUCGUGUUAAUCCAGUUGCAAACCGUAAGAAGGGAGCUGAACAACAAGAUGCUGCAUUAAGAGAAACUAAAAUCUUACCAAUCAUUGCAAAACUGAAAUCAGUUAUUCCAAAUGAUAAAUCAAUGGCUUUAGGUACAAUUACUAUAAUGUGUGAAGAUCCAAAAUAUAAAAGUUUAUUAUUGAAGGAAAAAUUAUUACAAUUAAUUAUGGAACAAUGUCUAGUUGAUGAUAAUAGUGAAAUUAUUGUGGAAUCAUUUGGUCUUUUAAGAAAUUUAGUUAUUGAAGAAGGUUAUGAUGUUGCAACUUAUUUAUGGAGACAAAAUAUUUGGGUUACAUUAGAAAAUAAUUUAAAUAAGGCACAAAUUUCAUUUCAAGCUUUGAAAAAUGAUCCAAAAAAAGUUCAAAAAAAUGAAUCAAGAUUAUUAUUUGAUUAUAUUGAGAAUUUAAUUUCUUUAAUUGUGGGUUUAGGUAAUGGAUCAGAUGAUUUAUUUGAACAAAUUACAAAUAAAUUAGAUUCAUUAGUUAUUUUCAUUAAGGAAAUUUUGAAUUAUGGAUUAGAUUUAAACAAUAAUCAUUUAAGAAUCUCUGGAACAUUAUUUAGUUCAAUUUUGGAUCUUAUAUAUGAUUUUAGUAGUCAAUCUGUUGAAUUUAUUCAAAAUUUAGAUCAAAUUUUAGAAAUUGAUAUUAAUAAAUUACAAGAAUUUAGUAAUAAAUCCAAAUUAAAUAAAUUAACAAUGGUUUAUAUUCAAGGUAUUAAACUUCAAUUAUUAGAAGCUUCAAAUAUUUCAAAUGGUAAAGAUGAAAUAUUAUACAAUAUAAUUAAUGAUUCACUUUCCACAAUUCAAGAUAUAAAUAUUGAAAAUGAAAGAAAUGUAUUGAUUGAAAAUAUGGACAAUACAACAAAUAUAAACAUUACAGAAGAAACUAAAAAACGUUCAAAGGCUAAAUCAAAUUUACAAGCAAUUUCAUUAACUAUUGAAGUUAUAACUGCUACAAUUGAAAUCAUUGCAGUGGGGAGAACUCCAGAAGAAGAUGUUGAAAUUAAAGAAACUGAAGAUGAUCCAUUAUUUAACUCGUUAUUAGGAAGAGUUCCAGAAGUUUUAACAUUUUUAUUAUCAUAUGAUGAAUAUAAAACUGGUAGUUUAACUGCAUUAAACAAUUUGAAUUGGUUAUUUGCUACAUUAAGAAUUUAUUUAGAUGAAUGGUCUAAAUUGGCUAAAAAUUUAUGGACUUUAUUAACUAUGAAACCUGAAGAAAAUUUAGAAAAUAAAAUUAGUUUAUUUGGUAUAUUAUGGGCAAUUUCAUCUGUUAAUCAUGAUGAUAUUCCAAUCAGUGAUGAUUUCAUUAAAUCAUUAAUUAAUGAAUAUCAAACUGUAUCAAAUGAUGAAUCUUUAGAUUUGUAUUUAAAAGAAGAAUAUUUAGUUAGAUUAAUUGGAUUUUUAGCUUCAUUAGCUCAAACUCAAGGACAAAUUGAACGUAAUGGUGAAAUUUCAGGAUUUUUAAUGUUGAUUUUAAAUCAAUUACCAAAUGUUUCAUCAAAAAUUGUUAUAGAAAUUUUAGAUUUAAUUUAUGAAAUUUUUGGAGAUUUAGAAUAUGACUAUGAUUAUCCAAUUUUCGUUGAAAGACAAUAUUUACAAAAAUUAGAAGAAUUAUCACCAAAGAUUAAACAUUCAAUUAGACUUGUUGAUAAGAAUGUUAAUCCAGAAUUGAAAAUAAAAGGUGAAGAAGUUUUAAAUAAUUUAGUAAGAUUUAUUGAUUAUAAAAAGAAAGAAAGAGGUUUAUAA